AUGUUUGGUGGCCACUCUAUCGUAUUACCGAAUCCGGUUCAGCCGUUCCAAUCCCCCACACUCUAUGGGUUGGGAUGGAUGUCGCAUGUCUACAACGGCGAAUUGAUAUUGUUCCAUGAAGGAUCCCAGUUCGGAUAUGGUGCAAGCGUCAUGUUCCUCCCACGACGAAAAUUCGGACUUGUGUUGCUAGGUAACAAUAUGAAUGGAAUCAAUGCGGCCGCGAAUGUACUUGCUUAUCAUUUGAUCGAUGAAGAAUUGGGUGUUCCCCCUGAGAAUCGGUUUGACUGGGUUGCAAGUUCCCGGUCGUUGCCUUUCUUGACGUUUCGGUUUCUGAUCUAA